AUGUUGGGUUCUUUCAAGGAAAGCUUCCAGUUGUCCCCUCACCAUCCUGAAUCCCAUAACUUACAUGGACUGGUAUGUAAGGCUGAAAAGGAUUACAAGUCUGUUGCUACAUUUUAUACAUUAGCACGCCAUGCAGUUAGCAUUGGCUCAGAGAGUAAUCAAAACGCAUGUAUCAUGGAUAUUUCUAUCAAUUUGGAUAGAUCACUUUCCAAGGUAGGGAAUGUUGUUGAUGCUUUGCAGGAAUGUAAAAAUUUGAAGAAAGAAGGGCCACUUGAUGAAGAAGGUUUGCAAGUGUAUGCUUUCUUGUUAUGGAAAUACGGUAAAUAUGAUUUGGCUCUCUCUAUAGCUGGGAGUUUUGCUUCGAAACUUUCUUCUAUGAAAAAGCAUUUGUGUGGUUUCAUCCUUUUGUUUCACCAGUAG